AUGGCUCUGCCAGACUGCACCUACUUGGAGGUGUUCCCGACCAAAUUUGAAAACUAUUCCUCAAGCGAGAGCCCCUCGUGCUCAUCCCAAGGCUCGGCGGAUUCUAAUCGAAAAAAUAGUCUCAGCAGCCAGGAGGCGGAGAAGCAAGAUGUGAGCUCUCCGGAGUUGAAGCCCGACGUCUCAUUGAUGAACUUCGCCGCUUGGCCAAAGAAGCAAGCCCCCGAAUUUUGUGUCGUUUGCGGGAAUAAGACGGCCGGAUUUCAUUAUGAUGUGCCGAGCUGUAACGGCUGUAAAACGUUUUUCCGAAGAGCCCUGCUCAGCCAACGAAAAGUGCUAUGUAAAGAGGGUGGUGGCUGUUUGGAGAAAAGCUUGCAAGAAGGCAAAUUCCCAUGUCGUGGAUGUCGUUUCGCGAGGUGUGUGGAAGUCGGAAUGAAUCCAGCUGCAAUUCAAACCGAGCGAAAAAUGCAAAACCAGGAGCUCUAUGAAAAAUUGGCAAAACAAAGGAGACCGCGGGUAGAAGAGCCUGACGACGUGGACGAGCCGCCGAGGGAUGCAAAGCUUCUUAUUGCUCUUCGGAUAAAGGAGAACAGUUUCGAAAGGAUGAUCGACAGCUUGCAGUACUUGGAGAUCAAGGUCGACAAACUACGAUAUUCUACUUACAACCCGAUGAUUUUCGAGAUUGGCAGUGUACAGGAGGCAUUGAAAAGUCAUACAGCACUUUCGUUAGCUGAGAAGUUGGCGCCAAUGCCCAACUGGCCACUGAAAGACUCCGAUUUCCCGCCGCUUCCUAAAGAUUUCGUGCCCGGCACCGGCAGGCCACCGCCACGGCCGCCAAACCACAAAUUCUGGCUGUUCUUUGAUCUGCUACUCUCUAUCGAAUAUGCAAAGACAUUCGAUUUCUUCAUGAAACUGGAUCCGAUGGAUAAGCUUGUCCUUACUCGAUACGUGGCGAUGAAUCUACUGGCCUUAAAGCAGAGCUAUGAUACUUUUCUGGUGAACCGGGAUUCGAGAUAUGUGCUCCAUCCUGACGGCACCAUGCCCGGAAGAAAGCCGAGCGGGCGGAAAGUCGACCACCUUGGUCCUGCUGGGAACGAACAAUACAUGGAUAACAUCUUCGUCUCCAACCUUGAGGCCCUUCGACGAACAAAAAUGGACCAGACCGAGUUUGUGCUCGUGAAGGCGAUCGUGCUCUGCAAUUCUGCGCUUGAUGGCCUAUCCGACGAGGGCCGGAAAAUUAUCGAGACCGCCAAACUCAAAUACAGUGAAGCUCUCUUUUCCGCAGAAUUGGCCAAGCAUGGAAGCGUUCAUGGGCCAAAUAGAUUCCAAGAACUUCUUACGCUCUGUGAGUUGAUGGUACGCAAUUCAAAGAAACACAAGGAAUACCAUUUACUAAUUAUGAUCUCACGCCGACCAGCGUUCCUCCCGCAGUUCAUUGAAGAAAUUAUGGACGCG